CAGCUGUCACUCUCAUCAUUCAACUCCGUUCCACCACCACAUCAUCAGGCUUUGUGCCACGGAGUCGGUCCCCUCGUACACUUGGGCUAUCCUCCCAGGAAUAAUCUGUCUUACCCGAAAAGACGAUGUGCACGCUACCACAAGAGUAUUUAGGCCUUUCAUAGCAGUGUGCAGCGCUAGCACAUGCGCCGUACUCUUUCCAUCCCCUCUCUUUCACCUUGGACAAGCUCACGAUACGCAAACCACACCCGGAAAACAACAUGGCCACCCACAACGGUCUCUACGAGAGGUUUCUCUGGCCGGCCGUCGACGUCGUGAGAUAUGCGCCGCCCCACAUGAUUCUGCUCGGCAUGCUGGCCCUCCUCAUUCCUGGAUUUCUCGCCCUCUACUUUAUCCUACACCUCGUCGCGCCCAAACCACGGGCUCCCUUGCCGUCCGAGAAGACGUACCUCACCUCGAGCCCUAAGGAUGGACGUAACACGACGGCCCAGCUCCCAUGCUGGUAUGACCGCUGGCUCGCCGAGCAGCGGCGGCAGCGCCAGGCCAAUGAAGACGCACCCGACCUCGGCCUCAUCGAGCCUGCAGAGGUGGCCAUGAGCGUCGUAGUGCCAGCCUACAACGAGGAGUCCCGCAUACUUCCGACUCUCGAGGAGAUGGUCGAGUACCUGGACGCGCGCUUCGGUCGUGACCCGCCUGCCAAGUCGACGCAGACAGCACUCGUCAGCCCCACCACGCCCAAGCGGCUGGCGCUUAAGAAGCACCAGGCCGUGCCGGAGCCCCUCACUGGCUACGAGAUUAUCAUCGUCAACGACGGCAGCACAGACUGCACCGUCCAGGUCGCGCUCGACUUUGCUCGCGAUCGUGGGCUGCACGAUAUCGUCCGCGUCGUCACCCUGGCCAAGAACCGCGGCAAGGGUGGCGGUGUCACGCACGGCUUCCGCCACGCCCGCGGUGAGUACGUCGUAUUUGCCGACGCCGAUGGCGCCUCCAAGUUUAGCGACCUGGGCAAGCUGGUUGAGGGCUGUGAGGAUGUGGUGGACGGCUCGAACCGUGGCGUUGCCAUCGGAAGCAGGGGCCACUUGGUCGGCAGCGAGGCCGUAGUUAAGCGCUCGGCUCUUCGCAACUUCCUCAUGAAGUCAUUUCACUUUGUGCUUAUGAUUUUGACCCCGCCAGCAACCUCGCGCAUCCGAGACACCCAGUGUGGUUUCAAGCUCUUCAGCCGCGCCGCGCUGCCCCACAUCAUCCCGUACAUGCACUCUGAGGGUUGGAUCUUUGACAUUGAGAUGCUCAUGCUGGCCGAGUCGGCCCCUGCAACUCCCGUAGUAGCCGCAGACGGCAGCGUCAUCGGAAUGAGCCCCGGAAUCAAGGUGGUCGAGGUGCCCAUCGACUGGCACGAGGUUGAGGGUUCCAAGAUGAACCUGAUCCACGACAGCAUCAAGAUGGCUAUCGGCCUGGCAGUGCUGAGAGCAAGCUGGAUGAUGGGUGUCUAUAGGCGUCGUCUCACCUAGGCACGCCACAGUGAUGGAUUGUUUGAGGAUUUUAAGGGAGGGGUAUAGUCUCGUUCUUUUGGAUGCUGGAGGGUAUCCGGUCAUUUAAACACAAACAAGGGGAUCACAGGGGAAGAUUGCAUGAUUUGCUCAUUUAGGGCGGUAUAGAGGCGUUAAACGAGAUACCACAGUUCACUGCUACUAUUACAUAGAUAAGUGGGUGAAAUGUCUUACUAUUUUGAUUUCUGGCUGGCAUGGGCCUAGGGCCUAUCUAAAAUGGUUGCGUAAAAAAAAUAAAGAAAAUAUAAAAAGAUCAGUCGAAGGGAGUGAUGCUCUUGACGCCGGAGCAGAAAUUGGGACGAGCCAGGAAUAAAAGGCGAGAAGAAAUAAAAAAAGGCUAAUGGAACUGCUUUUCCC